AUGUUUACUGUUCCUUGCAACAUUGGAAAUAUUAGGAUUGAGAAAGCAAUGUUAGAUUUGGGUGCUUCCAUAAAUGUUAUGUCUCGUUCUAUUUAUAAUAUGCUGAAUCUCGGGCCUUUAAAAGAGACGGAUAUAAUAAUUCAACUUUUGGAUAGGUCAAAUGCUUAUCCUGAUGGGAUUUUGGAAGACAUAUUGGUUCAAGUAGACAAAUUGGUUUUUCCUGCCGACUUUUAUGUGCUUGAUAUGGAGGAAGAUCAUUCUGCUAACUCACCCCCAAUUCUAUUAGGAAGACCAUUUUUCAGAACUUCUAGAACCAAAAUUGAUGUCUAUUCUGGAACACUGACUAUGGAGUUUGAUGGCGAUAUUAUAAGAUUCAAUAUUUAUGACGCCAUGAAAUAUCCUAAUGAAUCUCAUUCAGUCUUUGUUGUAGAUGUAAUUGACUCUUUGAUGCAUCACACUUUUGAACUAACUGAUGAUGAUGCUUUGAAAGUUGCUCUUACUCGUGGCCUUGAUCGGGAGUAUAUUCAGGAGAUGAGAGGGAAGUUUGACCUUUCCCUUAAUUUUCAAGAAACUAUUUUUAAAUUAAAUUUUCUUAAACCUGUAAGAUAUGAAGUGCCUUAUGUUGAAUUGCCACAGUCACAUUUAAAACUUUUACCAUCUAUUGUGCAUGCCCCGAAGUUGGAUUUGAAGCAAUUAUCCAGUCAUCUAAAAUAUGUAUUCCUCGGGGAAGGAGACAUAUUUCCAGUGAUUAUUUCUUACAAGUUAACCGCUCCAGAAGAAGAAAAACUCAUUAGGGUGCUAAAAGAUCACAAGGAGGCAAUAGGAUGGAUCUUAGCAGAUAUCAAAGGACUAAGUCCAGCCAUUUGCAUGCACAUAAUCUUAUUGCAAGAAGAUGCUAAACCUUCAAGAGAGGCCCAACGUAGGCUAAACCCACCAAUGAUGGAGGUAGUAAAGAAAGAAGUUUUAAAACUUCUUGAUGCAGGAUUUUACCGAUGCUUUAUUAAGGAUUUUUCGAGAAUAUCUCAUCCUCUGUGCCAACUACUUCAAAAGGAUGCAGAUUUUAAUUUUGAUGAAGCCUGUAAAGUUUCUUUUGAUGCACUCAAGGAAUCACUGACAUCAGCACCAGUUGUCCAGCCGCCAAAUUGGAGUCUACCUUUCGAAAUCAUGUGUGAUGCAACGCUUAAGUACUUGCUCACCAAGAAGGAGGCAAAGCCAAGACUCUUACGAUGGAUUCUUCUAGUGCAAGAAUUUGAUUUAGAGAUUCGGGACAAAAAAGAUGUUGAGAAUUUGGUUGCGGAUCACCUCAGUCGAUUUGUCAUAAGUCAGACACCCACAUCUCUACAAGAUAAUUUUCCAGAUGAACAUCUCCUUGCCAUUCAUAAGCAAACUCCAUGGUAUGCAGAUAUAGUUAAUUAUUUGGUUACUAAGACGCUGCCUAAGGAUUUAUCUAAGGCUCAGAAGGAUAAAAUCAAAAGCGAUGCUAAAUAUUAUGUGGGGGAUGAACCAUACUUGUGA